AUGGCUUUGUUUAAGGCGUUGUAUGGGCGUAAGUAUCGUACUCCCCUGUGUUGGGCUGAGUUGAGUGAGAGGUGUGGUGUUGGUUCAGAUCUGAAAGGUAACCUUAGUCUGAGCUUUAUAAGACUGUAUGAGGUGUUAGAGUGUGUUGGUUCUGUUGCGUAUCGUCUUAUGUUGCCGCCUGAGCUUGAGCGUAUUCAUGAUGUGUUCCAUCUGUCGAUGUUGCGUAAGUAUCACUCAUAUCCUUCUCAUGUCAUUGUGACAGAUGAUGUCAAGGUUCGUGCUGAUCUUUUAUGCAAGGAGAAUCUAAUUAAGAUCUUGGCUAGUGAUGUGAAUGUUCUCCGGAAUAAAUUGAUUUUGUUAGUGAAAGUGUUGUGGCGUAACCACAAUAUUGAGGAAGUGACGUGGGAGACGGAGGAGUCGAUGAGAGCUUAG